AUACGUCGUCUUCAGUGUCUGUGCAGUUUUGUACAUCAAUUCUUGUGAAUACUUUGACUUGUUUCUUGUACCUACAAAUUACUCCUGUUAAUCAACAACCGCAACACAAGCGCCCAAAACCUGUUUACCCCAUACUCCGUACCUUGCGGCCAACCGGAAACUCCUCUACCAAACGAUCCUCUAUUCGACUUUGCGCCAGAAACACACGAUUUCUCUACACGGCAGCAAUUGGUUGUCAUUGCCCGCGCACCUUUUUUUCGCUGGCGUCAUUGGGCAACUAUCGACCACGACCCAGUUGCCAAACAAUGUGCCGUGGCUGCGGCCACCAGAUCUGCGACAAUGGUGUGGCAGCGCAGCUCGUCACUAGGAAUAGGCAACGCUUCAUCCAUGGCACGAAUACGAAGUCGGGGGGAUUCAGACAUUGAAAAGGAUGGGUUUGGGGCCCGGCCAAGCAGCAGCGACGAUAAUGACGAAGCAGUCAUGGACGACGUAGACCCUUCCUUUGCGACCUCUCGUUCGACCUCCUCCUCCUACCGACCCAUGCUCAUAAAUAAUGCCUACACAUCCAAUCGGUCUUCUUCACCUUCCUACCUUGGCCGAAUGCCAAGAUCGAUCAUGAGGUGGAUAUGCUUGGGUGUGGCAGCCGGACUGCUCAUCUUUGUGUUUUCUCUCGUGCGAAUGAGUUGGAAUGCGGACAAGGAGGUUCAGGUGGCCAUACAAGAAGAGAAGAUCAAACCCAAACCACCGCCGUGGGAAAGCUUUCCCUUCCUGGAUCGCUACUAUGGAGGAGUGCGAUCACUUGUACCUUCAACUUCGAAUGUGCCAGAAUAUCCCAAGAAAGAGGACGAGGUACCAAUGGAAAAUCUGGAUCUACCUGAGGAGCCACCAUUAGAUCCACCCGAAGAAAUCAAUUCGGAGAAAGUGAAGCGGGCGAUUCAGUCUAGCAAGCCCUUCAACCCUUAUCCAGACUACAAGUCUCCUGAAUACGUUGCGAAAUAUGGAGAAAAGGUGGACUGUUUCCUAGACGAGAAGAAAACAAUAUCGAUUCCGCAAAUCCGGGUUUACGAAGGGGUUCCUCGAGGCUUUCCUGAGGCCGUUAUGGGCUCGGCUCAGUUGCUGGGGUUGAGGACAGACAUUUGCUACGAGCGGUUUGGAAGAUUAGGUCCAUACGGCCUCGGUUACAGCAUCAACCGUGGCGGAAGUGGCGCUCAACAGGAAGGCGAAAGGGAGGGAGCAGAUGCAGUGUGGGAAGAAACGCCAGAAAUCGAUUUCAGAAGUGUGAAAUGGACCGAGGCUCAAAACAGAUGUGUACUUGCGAACAAGCAUCGUUUCAAGGAGUUGCCCAAACCCCGAAUCGAGAAAUUCAGAGCCAUGCAGAUAGGGACCAUGGAAAAGCGAGAUGAAGCCGCUGAAUUCUCGUCGAUGCCAGCAAAACCGGCCAACAGUGUGAAAACCGGCUCGGAAAAACUGCCUCGUACAGCAGUUAUCAUUCGGACGUGGUCGGACUACCCGUACACGCCCGAGGACAAAAUCUACUUGCGAUCUCUGAUCUCAGAAUUGACUAUGAUGAGUGGAGGAGAAUAUGUGGUACAUUUCCUCAUACAGGUCAAAAACCAAGAUUUACCUGUCUUCUCCGACGACGAAACAUACGAGCGAGUUCUUCGAGACUCGUUACCAGAAGAGUUUCGCGGGAUGGGUACUCUCUGGACAGAGCGACAGAUGCUGUUGAUGUACGGUGGUCUGGAGGAGACUUGGAUGAGAGACCUGCCCGUGCACGGUGUUUACCGUAGCACAUUUAUGCCCAUGCAAUAUUUUGCCUACCAGCAUCCAGAAUACGAUUUCUUCUGGAACUGGGAGAUGGACGUCCGCACCACCCACCAUUGGUAUCAUUUCUUCGACAGCGUCUCGAAAUGGGCCCAAAAACAACCGCGGAAGUUUCUGUGGGAACGAAACAGCCGAUUCUUUGUGCCCUCGGAGCAUGGCGAGUGGGACGAUUUCAGUCACACGGUUCGUGUCCAGACCGAGCAAGGCACAAACAGCGCCAACAAUCUCUGGAGCAGUCUCAAUCGCGCCAAGGACCCCAACAUUCCUGGCGCCGUGAAUCAGCAAGGGGAUAAACCUAUUUGGGGACCUGAACGGCCGCUUGACGACGACGUCGCCUUUGAAAGUGACCCUCUUCCGCCGACCUCUUUCGACAAGGACAAGUAUACAUGGGGAGUCGGCGAAGAUGCUGACCUCAUCACGUUCAACCCUCUCUUCGAUCCCGACGGCACCACCUGGCUCCUGACGGACGACACGACCGGAUACAACAUCACCCGUGGCCGACCUCCACGAAGGACGGCCAUCAUCACGGCGAGCCGGCUCAGCCGCAAGCUCCUGACCACGAUGCACCGUGAGACGGCCGUCAAGAAACACACCAUGUUUAGUGAGAUGUGGCCGGCCAGUUGCGCGCUGCACCACGGCCUCAAGGCCGUGUACGCCCCUCACCCAGAAUACAUCGACCGCAAGUGGCCGACCAAGUACCUCGAGGCCGUGUUCAACGGCGGACGAAACGGUGCGACGGGAGGGGCUCGCACGAGCGUCUUCGGGGACCGAGAACACAACUUCCGUGGCACGACGUGGUACUACAACGCCGGGUUCCCCGAGGUGCUCUGGCACCGCUGGUUGGGCAUGAGGUUUAACAACGCCGGCGGCGAGCAAGAAGAAGUGGCCGGCGAGGGGAGAAUGUGUCUUCCUGGAAUGUUGAUCCAUCCGGUCAAGCGAGUUGAGUUGAUCCUCGAAGGUAGACGAGCCGAUCAGAAUCCUUGAAGUGUUUUUUUUCAACCCAGGUAAUUUUAGCCUCGUCUAUUGUUUGCCAGCUGGCGGUCGCAAGCUUUAUAUGUACUGUUUGUUUUUUUUCCCAGUACCUUGAUGAGAACGAAGAGGUAGCUACUAAUUUAGCU